AAGCCUAGCCACCUGUGUACUCGAAUUCGAUCAAGCUUUGAAUCCUUCAUUCUUGUUAAUCUCCGUGGAAGAUCUCAACAUCCAAAACCCAGCGAUUCUUUGUUCUCAAGUGGGAAUAUCGAAUAUCAAUUGUGGGAUGCCUUCGAAGGAGAAUAACGAUUCCAUGUUUAAACCAAAAACACCCCAUUUCUUCAAGAUCGUUUUAGAGGACACUAUUCGAGAUAAGAAGCUUGGGAUUCCUAGAAAAUUUGUGAAAAAAUAUGGAAAUGGGUUAUCGGAUUCAGUGUUAUUAAUGGUUCCAAGUGGUGAUACAUGGCAUGUUGAGCUGACAAAAUCUGAUGGUGUUGUUUGGUUGCAAAAUGGAUGGGAAGAAUUUGUUGCGUUUUACUCUCUCAAAAAUGGGCAUUUCUUGGUUUUCAAAUAUGAAGGGAAUGACAAGUUUAUUGUACUCAUAUUUGAUAUGAGUGCAUCAGAGAUUGAAUAUCCAUGCAAGAGUUACAUUGAAGAUUACCAGAGUGGUGAACAAGUGUGCCUAAAGCCUGUCAAGGAAGAAUCUAAAGAUGAUACUUGUGGUGAAAUCACGCAUAAGACUCCUCCAAGCAAGGAAACUAGGAAGAGGAGAUCACAACCAUCAUGUUCUAAACCUCGGAAGAAACAGCAAACCAAUAAAAAGGACAAUGAUAUUGCAAUGAGUAGGAAAAGCAAAGAGAAAUCAAAUUCGCCAUGUCCUCUUGGAAAUCUCAACGAAGUUGAGAACUCACCGGGACAAGUUGGACAAGUUGAUGCUGAGGGAAGUGUGCAGGCUUUCGGUUGUUUGCGACAUUUGACAGCCACUGAAAAGGUACACGCCAUUGAGAUAGCCAAUGCUUUCAAAAGUAAUGGAAAUCCAGUUUUCAUGGUGGUCAUGCGACCAUCAUUCGUUUGCAACAGAUAUAGAAUGUGUAUACCGUUGGAUUUUGCCAAGAGAUUUUUGACAAAGCACACGGGUAAUCUGACCUUAUGCAACUUAGCUGGGAAAACUUGGACUGCAAUGUACUUCAGGAAUUCAGGAAAUAAAAUUCUGAAAGCACAACUCUAUGGUGGUUGGAGAGAAUUUGUGGAAGAUAACCAUCUCGGUGUUGGAGACAUGUGUGUCUUUGAGCUAAUUAAGCAUCCUGAAAUCUUGAUGAAGGUGAUGGUUUACUCGAUUGUUGAAAAUGCAAGCAAGUCCUACGGACAACCGACUCAUGGGAGUACAACCAAUCGAGUUAAAACUAGGAGCUUGGUCAGUGAUACUGAACCUACUUGUCAACAAAGUCCAUGCCCCUCUAGCUCCAGAAAAUUCAAAGUUCCGACAGACGCCUACAUUGAAAUCUUGGAUGACUCUCCCCUAAACCAGAAAACAAAGAAGAAAUUGAAAUCCCCAUCGACUCCAACUGAGAAACAAAGGGCAUGUAUGGGAGCUAGUAAUUUCAGAACUUCAAAUCCCUCUUUCAGUGUUGUGAUGCACACAGAAUAUGUCAGUUCUUGUACUCAUCUGAGUGUACCAUACAAAUUUGUGAAGAGUUAUCUUGAUGAAGAGAAGGAUGAAGCUGUCCUUCAAGUUGCCGAUGGGAGAACUUGGAUUGUCAAGUUUGCUGUUAAAGUAGUCACCGCUGGACAACAUAAAGCUGAAUUCUCUAAUUGGAGAACUUUUGCACAGGACAAUAACUUGAAUGUUAAAGAUGUAUGCGUCUUUGAGCUGAUUAACCGCCAUGAAAAUUCAUUCAAGGUCUCCAUUUUUUCAGCAUCACCAGGAGCUAAUACUUCUCUGCUACAAAAAGCUGAUGAUGUUAAAGCCAUUGAAGCUGAUGAUGAUUUUGGCAAUUGUUCUACUGGAAAUUCUAGCCCUGCUGCCAAACUCGCUACUAUAGGAUGUCAAGAAAAUGAAGAGGAAGUCAAUCAUACUAAUGAUGCUAUAGCCAGUCAAGUUGCAUCUAAAGGUUGCUUGGUACCAAAUAUUGAAGCUGAUGAUGAUUUUGGCAAUUGUUCUGCUGAACAUCGUAGUCCUGCUGCCGAACUCACUACAAUAGGAUAUCAAGAAGAUCGAGGGCAAGUCAAUCCUACUGAUUAUGCUAAAGCCAGUCAAGUUGCAUCUGAAGGUAGCUUGGUACCAAAAACUGAAGCUGAUGGUGAUUUUGGCAAUUGUUCUGCUGGAAAUUCUUGUCCUGCUGCCCAACUCACUGCCACAGGAUACCAAGAAAAUCAGGAGCAGAUCAAUCCUACUGUUGAUGCUGGAGCCAUUCAAGUUUCAUCUAAAGAUUGCUUGGUACCAAUAAUUGACGCUACUGCUGAUAUUGGCAAUUUUUAUGCUGGAAAUUCUAUCCCUGCUUCCCAAUUCACUGUCAUAGGAUAUCAAGAAACUGAAGAGGAAGUCAAACCUUCCAUAUCGACAUGGCCAAAAGACCCACGAGCUGAGCAUACCAAGGGGAAAUCGCAUCAGUCACAAGCUAGUGGAACACUUAAAGCUCUUCAAAGAGCAUGUGAUUUCAAGUCUCUGAAUCCAUUUUUCAUCAUUACCAUGCAGCCAUCCUAUGUUUGUAAUGAGUAUAGAUUGGCAAUACCACUGCACUUUUCGAGGAAAUACUUGACAAAUGAGAGUGGUGAUGUAAUCCUCUUUGUGCCGCCAAAUGGGAAGGCUUGGUUGACAGUGUAUCGCCGUGAAGCAACAGAAUCAAACCCGAGAGCCAAAUUGAUUGAUGGUUGGAAGCCUUUUGUGGAAGAUAAUAACUUGGAAAUCGGUGAUGUUUGCGUCUUUGAGAUGAGCGAUUUAAAGCGCUAUGAAUUAUUAUUGAAUGUAGUUAUUUACAAGGCCGAAAAAAGAUGAAACAUAGCUCUACUGAAAGCUGUUGUAUUUGUAUGUACAUAUUUUUUUUGAAACGUAGCGAACUCUAAAUUAAUAG